GCAUCUUACUUAAAAGUAUGUAUUUGGAUCACUUGUUUUACUGAUUGUGUUGUGUGAGCAGGAGGUUCUGCUGUGUUGUCCUGUUGUUCUGAUAAAAGAGCACAAUGCUGAUCGCAGGUCACGCCGCCUCUCUGGCACUGCUGAUAUCAUUUGCUUUUGGUGUUGCAGAUUCCAUUCGAACUUUAAGAGAUGGACCCAUGAUCGAUGCUGAAGGAAGGGAAUAUAAAUCUGUUGCAUUAGGAAUUGAAGCAGAAGACAUCAGUGAAACACAAUUCAACGACGGAUCAACUGUCCAUGUGCGAUGCACAGACGCGUCCAUGUUCAUUGUGGUAAAGGCUGACGUGUUUAAAAAUGGACACCUUGUGUCUCCUGGGGAGCUUUUUUUGGGAGGAGCCGAGCAUUCCCAGAGCAGUCAGUGCCGAGCUGUUGCUGCGGGGGACUCUGAAUAUGUCAUUGAAGCUGCACUUCAAGAUUGUGGAUCCAAAUUGAGUAUAUCUGAGGACUAUGUGACCUACUCGAACCACCUGAUAAUCUCACCAGCUGCCAGUUACUAUGGCAUUACAAGAAGGGCCCAUGCUGUAGUUCCUGUUUCCUGUCACUAUCAAAGGAAAUACUUUGUGAGCAGUAACGCUCAGCACUCUCUCUCCACUCCUGCAAAAUAUCCAACAGAUGCUUUCUCUCUAAAGCUGAUGAACGAUGGCUGGACAACGGAGAUGUUCUCCACUGUCUUCUACAUUGGUGACCUCCUGUACCUCGAGGCCACUUACACUGCUCCUGAUUCAGAACACAGACUGCUCUUCAUCAACGACUGUGUCGUCACUCUUACUCCUGACACCUCAUCAGUCCCCAGAUACUACUUAAUUGGAAACUAUGGGUGUCUCGAUGAUGCCAAAGAGGAAGGAUCAAACGCACUUUUCCAUCCCAGAACGAGGGCUUCUUCUCUUCGACUGCAGCUUGAUGCCCUCCUGUUUCACCAGGAUUCAAGAAACUCAAUAUUUAUUACUUGCCAGCUGAAGGCGACCACUGAAAUGUGGAGGAGCAGCUCCAUAAACAAGGCCUGCAAUUAUGUACAUUCAAGAUGGAUAAAUGUGGAUGGGAGUGAUGAUGUGUGUCGCUGUUGUGACAAUACCUGUUACAAACGUUCUCCCAACAGCAAUACAAACCUGAGACCUGUGAUCACUGAAGAUAUCAUGGCAUGUGGAACUGUCACUCUUGGUCCUUUGAUGGUUUUCCCGGGAAAAUAGGCAAAGCACAACAAUCCUGAUGUUUUAUUUUCUGAAUAAAGAGUCUGUUUAAAUACUGAA